GCAAAAGCUGGCAGGCUGACAAACGGGCAGCUUACAGGACGGACUCUCUGGCUACUGACCAUUUAGCUGUGGCAUACCCGGAUUGUGUGUGGGUGGGAAGUCGACAAUGAGCUCUGUGGCAGUUUUGACCCAGGAGAGCUUCGCUGAACACCGCAGCGGCCUGGCUCAGCAGCAGGUGAAAGUUACAGCUUUAAACUCUGAAGAAGAGAAUGAUCCUCCAACCUACAAGGAAGCCUUCCCUCCGCUCCCUGAGAAAGCACCAUGUUUGGAAGCUGCCCAGGAACCUGCUGGGCCCUGGAGCAAAAUCCGACCAAUAAAGGCUUCUGUCAUCACUCAGGUGUUUCAUGUGCCACUGGAGGAGAGGAAAUACAAGGACAUGAAUCAGUUUGGAGAAGGCGAGCAGGCCAAGAUCUGCCUUGACAUCAUGCAGAAGACAGGAGCUCACCUGGAGCUGUCUCUUGCAAAGGACCAGGGCCUUUCAAUCAUGGUCUCUGGCAAGCUGGAAGCAGUCAUGAAGGCUCGGAAGGAGAUUGUCGCUCGGCUGCAGACUCAGGCUUCAGCGACAGUUGCCAUCCCCAAGGAGCACCACCGUUUUGUCAUUGGAAAGAAUGGCGAGAAGCUGCAAGACCUGGAGCUCAAAACUGCAACCAAAAUCCAGAUCCCCCGCCCAGAUGACCCCAGCAACCAGAUCAAGAUCACCGGCACUAAAGAAGGGAUUGAGAAGGCCCGACACGAGAUCCUGCUUAUCUCUGCUGAGCAGGAUAAGCGUGCCGUGGAGCGGCUGGAUGUGGAGAAAGUAUACCACCCCUUCAUUGCUGGCCCUUACAACAAGCUGGUGAGCGAGCUCAUGCAGGACACAGGGACACGCAUCAACAUUCCUCCACCCAGCGUGAACAAGACAGAGAUAGUCUUCACAGGAGAAAAGGAGCAGCUAGCCCAGGCCGUGGCUCGUGUUAAGAAGAUCUAUGAGGAGAAGAAAAAGAAGACUACUACCAUUGCAGUGGAGGUGAAGAAGUCCCAGCACAAGUAUGUCAUCGGCCCCAAGGGGAAUUCCCUGCAGGAGAUCUUGGAGAAAACUGGAGUCUCUGUCGAGAUCCCACCCACUGACAGUAGCUCAGAGACGGUGAUACUGCGAGGCGAGCCUGAAAAGCUUGGGCAAGCAUUGACUGAAGUCUAUGCAAAGGCCAACAGUUUUACCGUCUCCUCGGUCUCUGCCCCCUCUUGGCUUCAUCGUUUCAUUAUUGGAAAGAAAGGACAAAACCUGGCCAAAAUAACUCAGCAGAUGCCAAAGGUUCACAUCGAAUUCACUGAAGGAGAGGAUAAAAUCACUUUGGAAGGACCUACAGAAGAUGUGAAUGUGGCUCAGGAACAGAUUGAAGUCAUGGUCAAGGAUCUGAUCAACCGGAUGGAUUACGCAGAAAUCAAUGUUGACCACAAAUUCCACCGACACCUCAUUGGCAAGAAUGGAGCUAACAUUAACAGGAUUAAGGACCUCUACAAGGUGUCUGUGCGCAUUCCCCCGGACAAUGAGAAGAGCAACCUGAUCAGAAUUGAAGGAGACCCACAGGGGGUCCAACAGGCCAAGAAAGAGCUGCUGGAACUCGCUUCCCGUAUGGAAAAUGAACGCACCAAGGACCUAAUCAUUGAGCAGAAGUUCCACCGGACCAUCAUUGGGCAAAAGGGUGAGCGGAUCCGGGAAAUUCGGGAGAAAUUCCCAGAGGUUAUCAUCAACUUCCCAGAUCCUGCACACAAGAGUGACAUUGUCCAACUUAGAGGUCCCAAAAAUGAGGUGGAGAAGUGCACCAAGUACAUGCAAAAGAUGGUGGCAGACCUGGUUGAAAACAGCUUUUCUAUUUCUGUCCCCAUCUUUAAACAAUUCCACAAGAACAUCAUAGGGAAAGGAGGUGCCAACAUCAAGAAGAUCCGUGAAGAAAGCAACACCAAAAUUGAUCUCCCAGCAGAGAACAGCAACUCGGAGACAAUUGUUAUCACAGGCAAGAGAGCAAACUGUGAGGCUGCUCGCCACAGAAUUCUUGCCAUCCAGAAGGAGCUGGCAAACAUCACAGAGGUGGAGGUCUCUAUUCCUUCCAAACUGCACAAUUCCCUCAUUGGCGCCAAAGGCCGCUUCAUCCGCUCCAUCAUGGAGGAGUGUGGUGGAGUCCACAUCCACUUCCCCACUGAGGGCUCUGGCAGUGACACUGUGACCAUCAGGGGCCCAGCCCAGGAUGUGGAGAAAGCCAAGAAACAGCUGCUGCACCUGGCAGAGGAGAAGCAAACAAAGAGUUACACCGUAGACCUCCGUGCAAAGCCAGAGUACCACAAAUUCCUUAUUGGUAAGGGUGGUGGCAACAUCCGUAAGGUGCGUGACAACACUGGGGCCCGCAUCAUCUUCCCAACCUCUGAGGACAAAGAUCAGGAGCUGAUUACUAUCAUGGGAACUGAGGAGGCUGUUAAAGAGGCACAGAAGGAGUUGGAGGCCCUCAUCAAGAACCUGGAUAAUGUGGUUGAAGACUCCAUGGUGGUGGACCCCAAGCACCACCGCCACUUUGUCAUCCGGAGAGGGCAAGUUCUGCGUGAGAUCGCAGAUGAGUAUGGUGGUGUGAUGGUCAGCUUUCCACGCUCUGGCACCCAGAGCGACAAAGUCACCCUCAAGGGAGCCAAGGAUUGUGUGGAGGCAGCCAAGAAACGCAUCCAGGAGAUCAUCGAGGACCUGGAAGCUCAAGUGACAAUCGAAUGCACCAUCCCACAAAAGUUCCACCGCUCCAUUAUGGGCCCCAAAGGAUCCCGGAUCCAGCAGAUCACCCGGGACUAUGGUGUCCAGAUCAAAUUCCCUGACAGGGAGGAGAACCCAGCCCCUGUUGCAGAGCCAGCUGUGCAGGAGAAUGGCGAGGAAGGUGGGGAAGGCAAGGACGGGAAGGAUGCAGAUCCCAGCUCUCCAAAGAAGUGCGAUAUCAUCAUCAUCUCUGGCCGCAGGGAGAAGUGUGAGGCAGCAAAGGAGGCACUGCAGGCUCUGGUUCCUGUCACCAUUGAGGUGGAAGUUCCCUUUGAUCUUCACCGUUACAUCAUUGGCCAGAAAGGAAGUGGGAUCCGCAAAAUGAUGGAUGAGUUUGAAGUGAACAUCCAGGUCCCUGCUCCUGAGCUGCAGUCAGAUACCAUCACCAUCACUGGGCUGGCUACCAACCUGGACCGUGCCAAGGCUGGGCUGCUGGAAAGAAAUGAACAAGAGGAUCGGGCCUUGCGAAGCUUCAAGCUGACAGUCACUGUGGAUCCAAAGUAUCACCCUAAAAUCAUUGGGCGGAAGGGAGCAGUGAUCACCCAGAUACGCACAGAGCAUGAGGUCAACAUCCAGUUCCCUGACAAGGAUGAUGAAAGCCAGGCCCAAGACCAGAUCACCAUCACUGGCUAUGAGAAGCAUGCCGAGGCUGCCCGGGAUGCCAUCAUGAAGAUUGUUGGUGAGCUGGAGCAGAUGGUCUCUGAGGAUGUGACUCUAGACCAUCGUGUUCACGCACGCAUCAUUGGUGCACGUGGUAAAGCCAUCCGCAAAAUCAUGGAUGAGUUCAAGGUAGAUAUUCGCUUUCCCCAGAGUGGAGCUCCUGACCCCAACUGUGUGACUGUGACAGGACUCCCUGAGAAUGUGGAAGAAGCUAUCGAUCACAUCCUGAACUUGGAGGAGGAAUAUCUUGCAGAUGUGGUGGACAAUGAGGCAAUGCAGGUGUAUAUGAAGCCCUCUUCCCAUGAAGAGUCCAAGGCCCCAUCCAAGGGCUUUGUGGUGAGAGAUGCCCCCUGGGCCACUGUCAACAACGAAAAGGCCCCUGAUAUGAGCAGUUCUGAAGACUUCCCCAGCUUUGGGGCUCAAGUGGCCCCCAAGACUCUUCCCUGGGGACCCAAACGAUAAUGACCUGGAAGCAGAAACAUCUCCUCCAGCCCGCUGACCUGACACUAACCUGCCACAAAUACUUCCUGUCUGAAAUCUGACCCAGCGGCUGGAGCACAAGUCAAUUGCCCCAAGAGGUCUCCUAAUGGCGUCUAGAGUGCUAGAUCCCAUCGUGUUCCCCUCAGCUAACUGUGGCUAGGACCCACCCUCAUCUCUUGAUGGAUAUUUUUUCCUCCUUUGGAACCAGACUUCUGCUCAAACACUAAAUGUGUGUGGUUUUGUUAGACACUUCAUAAUUGACUCAAAGUGGCUAAGAUUUGCAGCUUCCCAAGCGCUAGCAGAGCAAUCUGCUCUCUUGAGCAUGUCUUACUAGGCAUUCUUGCCUUCAUUAGGAGACCUCCUUUACUGUGGCUAGGAAUCAACUUCCUGUCUCAUGACCUCAGGAAAUAAAUUUCCUUGACUGUCUAAAGCCAAAA